AUGAACAAGAGUACACGCUCCAUAUGUCAAUUUUAUGACAUUAAUGGCAAACCCUGCCGUCCUACUCUGAAGCCUUAUCAAAAUUUCGAUGUUUAUGAAGAUAUAGACGUUCUUUGCAAAUCUAUGCGAUGUUGGGGCACUGAUGAAGAGGCUAUCAUUAAUAUUUUGGGGAAAAGAACCAGCGAACAACGUAUGCAAAUCGUUUCUGCAUAUAAAGCAAAGUAUGGACGAGAACUCGUUAAGGACCUCAAGGGAGAUUUGAGCGGUCAUUUCAGAGAUUGCUGCAUUCUCCUCACAAAAUGUCCCUAUUACUUAAUGGCUGAGUCCCUCUUCUAUGCAUUCAAAGGUGUUGGAACAAAUGAAAAUGCCAUAAUUGAAAUCCUUGUUGGUUGUUGUAAUGAAGAGCUCAAGAAAUUGAAACAGGCGUAUACCUAUGUUCUCCGCGAUAAAGGAAUUAAAGAUCCAAAACGUACACUUGAAUCUGACCUACGCUGCGAGACAAAAGGCCACUUCGCCAAAAUGGUACUGCAAUUACUGAACUCCAACCAAAACGAUCCAAGCGAAGACAAAAUUCGUGGUGGCUAUGAAGAAAUAGUUAACGAGAAUGAAGUCUCCGAAGCAGUUGAAAAGAUUAGAAAAGCUUUCGACAAGAAAAAGAAUGUUCCUGAACUCCUUCUCAGCGUAUUCACCAACAAAAAUUCCUGGGAAAUUGCUGCUAUAGAAAAUGAGUACAAGCGAGAUAUGGGCAAGAGCUUGGUUAAGGCGAUUCCUGAAGUAGUCGAUGGCGAAUUUGGAACACUUCUUAUUGCAAUGGUUGAGCAUGCUGUGAAUCGGCCGAGAUUCUACUCAGAAGCUCUCUAUCACUCUAUGGUUGGCGCUGGAACGCGUGACUACCUUCUGAUGAGAGUUUUGAUUCUUCGUUCUGAGAUUGAUCUUGCGGACAUUAAGGAGACAUUCGAUAAGGACCACAAGAGUCUCGUUGAUUGGAUAAAAGGUGAUACCUCGGGAGAUUACGAGAAAUUAUUGAUCACUCUACUUGGUGUUUCUUGA